AUGGCAUCUGAAUCGAAGAAAAAAUGUAGGCAGUAUAAUAUUGAAUAUUUGAAGUAUGGUUUUAUUCAAUCGCCUACAAAUUUAACAUUACCAAUGUGUCUCAUUUGCCGAAAAGUAUUUUCAAAUGAAGCUAUGAAACCGUCGAGACUGCAAGAACAUUUAAUAAAAGUUCAUGCUAAUAAAAAAAAUAUGGAUUUAUUUUAUUUUCAAGCACUUGAAAAGAAAUUUUUGAAAGAGCCGACAUUGGUCAAUAUGUUUUCAACAACGUCGAAACAAGAUGAUGAUGGAUUGCGAGCUUCGUACAACAUUUCUCUAUUGAUUGCCAAAUCUGGUAAAUCACAUACUAUUGGCGAAGAACUUAUUUUACCAGCUAUAAACAAGGUAAUAAACACAAUGCUGCAUAAACCAGCUUUUGACAUUAUUAAAAAAAUUCCUCUGAGCAAUAAUACAGUGCAAAGGAGAAUUGAUGAAAUGGCACAAUCUGUCGAAGAAUUAUUAUGCGAGUUUUUAAAAGCCACCAAAUUUUCUAUACAGCUUGAUGAAUCAACUUUACCAGGUAACGAAGCCUUAUUAUUAGCUUACGUACGAUUCGUAAUAGAAGAAAAGAUUUGCCAAGAAUUAUUGUUUGCUAAAAAUUUGAUGACUGACACAAAAGGAGAAUCAAUAUAUCACACAUUUUUUUUAAGGGGGGCGUCUGUCGGAUUUUUUUUUUGGAAGUGGGCGGUAAAGGUAAAAUGUUUGGGAAACACUGUUGUAGACCCUCUUAUCUAUAUACUAAAUGUAUGCUUCGUAAAGGGCAUAUUUCCAGAGAAAUUUAAACUCGCAAUUGUCAAACCACUUUAUAAAACAGGUGAUAAAAAAAAUGUGACGAACUAUAAACCGAUAUCCAUGCUUUGUAACUUCUCAAAAAUUUUCGAAAAAAUAGUUAAAGUUAGAUUUAUUACCUUCUUAGAAGCGAAUAAAUUACUAUCUAAAAAUCAAUUUGGUUUUCGACCUGGUAGAAGUACAACUGGAGCGCUCUAUGAGAUGUCUUAA